AGAAAUGAAUUCAAAUAUUGCACCUGUGGCAAUCGAAGGGCAUUUUCCGACAGACAUCGUACAAGACCUGGGGGACGCUGUCAGCAACCGUAAAAUGCCAUUGAGCGCUGUCGCUAAAGAUUAUCCAGACCAGAUCCAAGAGCUUGAUGGCAUUGAAAGAAUGUUCUCAGACGGGUACGCCCAGACAUGGAGCAUUGAGGAUCUGGAAGACGCCAUCAGCAUUAUUCGCAGAGCAAUUGACAUCACCCCUGAAGACCACCCCGAAUCUAGCAGGACGGCUAAACAAUCUUGGGAAAUUACUCUCAGACCAGUUUGAACGGACCGGAGAUUUCAAGGACCUGGAAGACACCAUUAGUAAUAUUCGCAGAGCAAUUAAUAUCACCCCUCCCGACCAUCCGGAUAUGACACCGUGGUCGAGCAACCUUGGGAACAGGCUCUCGGCUCGGUUUAAUCGAACAGGCAACAUUACAGACCUUAAGGAAGCUAUUGACAGCGCCAGGAGAGCAAUUAAAAUCACCCCUCAAGGCCACCCAGAUCUAACAGGACUGCUAAACAAUCUUGGUAUUAUGCUAUUACGUCGGUACAACCGUACAGGAUCUAUCGACCGACAUGGAAGACACCAUCAACAUUACCCGCAGAGCGAUUAGUCUCACCGCUCCGGGCCAUCCGAAUUUUGCCAAGUUGUUGAGCAGCUUUGCAGACAAGACUAUUAACUCUGUGUGAUCGGACAGGAGGUGUUGGAAAUCUGGAGGCGGCUAUCUGCAGCAUGCAAAGAGCUGUCGAUGUAUUGCCUCGAACGCAUCCUGAAUGGCUAUCAAUGUCUCGCAGAUUGAAAAUAAUGACACGCAGGGCUGAAACGAAUACGUCGGGGUUGGAGGGGCAAAUGCAUGCAGUGUCGUCGCCCUUGGGAUUAACUAGCGAAUUACAGCGGACAUCCAACGACUCAAAUCGAGAACUAA